AUGUCAGACAAGGUCAUUGCUAAACCCUCCGAGGCCUGCUGUCUUCGCGGCAAAAUCCACACUGGCGAUCCAAAGGGCAAUAUCAUCACGAUAGCAGAGGUCGAAACUUACGUCUCCGAGCCGCCGGCUGAGAAGGCGAACGGCAAUGUUCUACUUUACUUUCCUGAUGUCUAUGGCAUCUUCAUCAAUGGCAAGUUGAUCAUGGACGCUUUUGCCGCGGCUGGGUACCUCGUCUUGGGACCGGAUUACUUUCGUGGAGAUCCUGUGUACAAGCACUCGACCAAUCCCACUGAUCCAAGUGCCAACCCGGACUUCGACUUUGGAGCGUGGCUCGCGAAGCAUCAAGCAUUCUCCGAUCCCUUUGUUCCAAAGUGGGUCGAAGAGGUCAAGCAGAAGUACGGGAAGAGUGGUGCGAAGUUCGCCUGCACGGGGUACUGCUAUGGCGCUCCAUAUGUCAUGGAGCAGCUGAGCGAGAAGGGAAUCUGUACCGCAGGAGCGUUCGCCCAUCCAGCCUUCCUGAAGGAGUCUCACUUCGAGAACCUGACGAAGCCCCUCUUCCUCUCAUGCUCUGAGAUCGACCAGACCUUCCCGAAAGAGUUCCGUCGCCGUGCGGUCGACAUCAUGGACGAAAAGAAAUACGUCUACCACGUACAGCUCUUCCAGGGCGUGUCUCACGGCUUUGCUCUGCGUGGCGAUAUGGAAGACCCUGUGCAGAAGUAUGCCAAAGAUGCCAGCAUUGAAGGCAUGGCAGGAUGGUUCGAUCAUUGGUUGUCAAAGUAAGCUGAUCGCUAGUACGUACGCGAGGAGCUGUCUAGAAGAAAAACCAUUGCGAAA